ACACCUGCCUGGGAUGAUGCACAACAGGGGGAAAGGCCUGUUUUGAGGAAGAGGAUGAAUGGAAGGAGAAGAGACACAUGAGAAGGAUGGCAAGCCGUGCCCCAUGACGACCGCACACACGAUGUUUUAUGGGUCCUCCUCCACCAUGGCUCCACCAUCCAAGAACCGGCUGAAGCGCCAGAGCCGGAUUUUCUCCCAGGUCUUGUACCGGACACUGAGCUACAAGGACCGGAGCUCAGCCUCCGCUUCCCCAGCAGCCAGUGAAGAUGACCCAGCCGAGCUCUCCACCCAACUCUCAGCUCCUGGUGUCCUCAAGAUCUUCGGGGGCAACAUCUGUGCAGGCACCAACUACAAGAGCGUGCUGGCGACAGGCAGCUCGGGCGCACGGGAGCUGGUGAAGGAAGCCCUGGAGCGCUACGGGCUGAGCCAGCUGAGCGCGGAGCAAUACGCCCUCUGCGAUGUCAUCGGCAGGUUUGAGGGCCCUGAGAAGCGGUGGCAGACGGAGGGGCUGAGGGUCCUGGGUGACCACGAGAAGCCGCUGCUCAUCCAGGACCUCUGGAAGCCCAGGGAGGGCUUCUCGCGGCGGCUGGAGCUGCGCAAGAGAGCGGAGGUGGAGGAGAUGGCGGCCAGGGAUGUGGACACCACCACUGCAGGCAUCAACGCCCAAGCUCGGAAGCUGCAGCGGCACCGGGCGCGGGGGGCCCGGCGGCUGCCGGCGGGGGCUGAGCGGUGCGGACCCCCCUCGCUCCCCCCGGCCCUGCGGCGCAGCCUCAGCGAGACCAGCCUGGGCAACCCUACCCGGCGGGCCGGGACCGCGGCCGGUACCGGAGAGCGGCACCAGCGGCUCUGCUCCACCCUGCCCGGGAGCCCGGCGGCGCGGAGCGGCGGCAGCAUGCGGUAUUCCCUCUACCAGUCCCCGCACCUCCUGCUCCUGCAGGGCUACAGCCAGCAGCAUGACAGCUUGGUUUACCUGCUGAACCGUGAGCAGCACACGGUGGGCCAGAGGACGCAGGCGAGCAAGCCCAGCAUCAGCCUGUCGGCCCCUGACAUCCUGCCCCUGCACUGCACCAUCCGGAAGCUCCGACCUUCCCGGCAUCACUGGGAGGAGAAGCUGCUGCUGGAGCCCAUCGCUGGUGCCAGCAUCUCUGUCAACUUCACCGAGGUGGCCCGGACAGUCGUGCUGCGGCACGGGGACCUCCUCUCCCUUGGUCUCUACUACCUGCUCCUCUACAAGGACCCCAUGAAGGCGCAGCCGCUGCCGGCGCAGACCCUGCUGAGGCUGCGAGCCCUGCGCCCCGCUGGUCCCCAGGGUCCCCCCGUCUGUGGGACGUGUGGCAGCCUGCUGAAGGAGCAGGACCCUGCCACCAAAAAACGGGGUUCCUCGCCUGCCGGUGGUCUCGGGGCACCCUGCAGAAAGCUGCUGUUGGAGUUUGGGCCAGAGGUGGAGGACGUGCUCCUGCGGCGCAUCAUGACCCUGAUAGAGCCAGGGGGGGACGACCACAAGCUGACACCCGCCUUUCUGCUCUGCCUCUGCAUCCAGCACUCAGCCACCAGCUUUGAGCCAGGAGACUUUGGCCAGCUGCUGCUCAAAGUGGCCAAAAUGAUCCAGAGGACAGUGUGGGAGCGGACACGAGAGCUGGCUGAGAAGCAAUCCCAGCACCAGGACCCUGCUACCCUGUCCUGCUUCACCAUCACAGACCUUCUCCCAGACCUACAGCAUAUCCUCUUCUGGAUGGCCAAUGCCAUUGAGGUCCUCUACUUUGUCCAGCAGAAAUCACCCACCUACAUCCAGAGCAUGGAGGAGGAGCUGGAUGUCAAAGGCUCCAAGGAGUCUCUGUUCUCCUCGACCAUCACAGCCAGCGAGGAGGCGAUGACGGUGCUGGAGGAGGUGAUCAUGUACACCUUCCAGCAGUGUGUCUACUACAUCUCGAAGUGUCUGUACGUGUCACUCCCUGCCCUGCUGGAGUGCAACCCUUUCCAGAACGAGUGCCGGGAGAGCUGGCGGGCGGUGCCGCCGCUGCCCGAGGAGCUUCGCAGGGUCGUGCUCAUCUACCAGGCCACGCUGGACCUGCUCCGCCAGUACGAAGUGCACCCAGAGAUCACCUCCCAGAUGUUUGCCUACCUCUUCUUCUUCUCCAACACCCUGCUCUUCAACCAGCUCCUGGACAAGGGCUCCUCUCUCAGCUGCUUCCACUGGUCACAGGGGGUGAAGCUGCGAGCCUGCGUGCGGCUGCUCCUGGAGUGGCUGCGCGGUGCCGGCUUCGAGCAGCUCGCCCAGCAGUUCUUUGCCAAACUUGCCAGCGUGGCCAACCUGUUGGCCAUGCCUGGCUCCCAGCUGGUCCAGAUGACCUGGUCGUCCCUGCGAGCUGAGUUCCCGGCGCUGAGCCCUGCACAGCUCCACCGGGUGCUGAGCCAGUGCCAGGAGGUGAUGGACCUGGGCUGCAUCACAGCAUGGCAGCCCGGCGAGGAGGAGAGCCCAGCCACCUUCCAGCCUGAUGAGGUGCUGGAAUCCUUCGACAACCACCCACCCAUCAUCCUGCCCAGUGGGGGUUUCAAAGUGGACCUGGAGGUGGAGACGUUGGAUGACAACAUCUACCGGCACCUCCUUUACAUCCGCCACUUCCUCUGGAGCCUGCAGAGCAAGAGCCCCCACAGCAGCGAGGGGCCAGGCUUGGCACCCCCGAAGAAAGAGGCAUGCACGACACCAGAUGUCCUGGAGGUGAGCGAGAGCCCAGUGAGAGCCAGCACCAUCACCCAGGAGGACUACUGCUCCCUGGGGGGCUGUGCUGAGCCCGAGGGGCACUCCCCACUCCUCCUGGCCACCAAUGGCUGCCCCUGCGAGCAACCCGCCGGAGAUCCGCAGCUCCAGGAGAAGCUCAAGCAGCUGCAGCUGGGCAGGGGUCCGGCCCCCAAGGCUGGCAUGGCCCCCCCAGACUCCUCCUGCCUGCUGACACCUCCCACCACCCCCCUGAACUUUGACUCUGGGAGCCCGGAGUCCCCACAGGGCACCAGCAAGGGGCUGCAGGACCCCCGGAGGAACGGGAUGAACAGCACCAAAGGCAGCACCCCUGAAGGAUGCUCACCAACUCCCUAUGACUACCCCACGCCAGAGUCUUCCAGCCGCAGCUCUGCCACUGAUGAUUUCUGCUACGUCUUCGUGGUGGAGCUGGAGAGAGGACCCAUCGGGCUGGGGAUGGGGCUGAUCGACGGCGUGCACACGUCCCUCUGCUCCCCGGGGAUCUACAUCCGCACGCUGAUCGAGGACAGCCCCGCGGCCACGGACGGCAGGCUCUCCAUCGGGGACCGCAUCCUGGCUGUCAAUGGCACCAGCCUCAUCGGGGCAGACUACCAAAGUGCAGUGGACCUCAUCCGCUCCGGAGGGAAGAAGCUGCGGUUUCUGGUUGCCAAGUCGGAUAUGGAAAUAGCCAAAAAAAUCAGUUCCAGCUCCUCUUCCUCCUAGUCCUUGUGGUACGAGGGUCCUUCUGCAGCAGCUUACAGAUGCAGCUCUGGGUGAGGCUGCCCACGGGAAGGCUGGAGUGCAAGAGGAGGACCAGGACUCUACAACUGUCCUCGAUUUGCUUUUUGACGCCUUGCUGCCCCUGCACUGCAGUGGAUGACAGGACGUCCAAGGGUGGUGCAUGCUUCUCCCACUGCCCUGGCUGGGACCAUCAUUCCUGAUCCCUUCCCCAGUCUCAUCUUGUACCCUGCUCCACCCUUUUUAAGAGCUUUCCUGUUUCUUUGUCCCCUCUGGCAGGGGGCAGGAAGGGGGUGCCCCCCCCUUGGGGACUGUAGGCAGGCUCCUCUGUUCCUCUAGGCUGGCAGCCCUGUGAGACCUUUCACGGUGGCAGGCAGAGGGCUUGAAACACCUUUGGGACUUAAAGAUUGGUAUAUGGGGCAGGCCCGGGCUUUGCUGUUGGCUGUGGCCACCUGAGAUGCUGGCAUGUCAGGCUGGAAACAAGUUCCCAGCUCUGGGGGUGGGAGGGCAAAGGCAGCAUAAGCACCCAGGAGCGGGAUUCCAAGCACAAUGCGCUGCUAGGAGUUAAGUUCCCUGGUGCCAGACCCUAAGACAGGUGCCUUUCUGCUGCUGGGCUACCACCACGCUGCCCCCGCCCAGCUCUGGGGUGGGAAGCAGCUCCAGCAAAGGGCUGACACCACCAGCAGUUCCCUGUGAGUCCUGGGGGGAGAACCUUGAAGAAAAGGACUCUUGCCCUUGCUCAUGCAGCAGAUUUACUGCCCAGCUCUGGCACCAUGAUUCUGGCAGAAGGUCCCCAGGGCUGACCCAGCAGCACAGGGCCUUUACCAGGAGGAGAAUUUGCUGUUGCCCUCUCCCAGGGGCUACAGCCAGGUCAAUGCUUCUGUGCCUCCCUUCGUCCCUGCAAGCUGGGAACAGUGGGUUUGUGCUACCCAGGAUCUGAGCAGGCUGGGCAGUGUGGGGUGCCAGGCUGGAGGUGUGGCUGACACCAGGCACAGAGGACACCUUGGCACCGUGUCCUGGUCCUCUCCCUCCAGCUCUGCCAGGCCAUUGCAAGGCCACCCCGUUGCCUGCCCAGCUCAGAGCACCUCACAAGUGCGUGUUGCUGACACGCCCGCGGGCCAUGACAGGCAGGGGAGCCUCCCUUUGGGGGGGAUGUCAGUCUUGAAUGUCCCAGAAACAGCCCUGCUCUCUGCUGCCGACAGCACCGGUGGCAGCAGCGAUGAGGUGGCAGCUCCACCGUGCGGCUGGCUGUCCCCUGCACACCCGGCCUCCUGCUUGCCAGGUCCUUCCUCUGCUUUUAGCGACAUGCACGGGAUAAACCCGACCUGAUUUCCACUUAUAGACAGAUACUGAGACCUAGUUUAGCUGAACUCCAGUACAAGAGCCUGCUACAAAGCCCUGCAUCACACCCUGCACUGAAACCAGCAGGGCUGGGCUCUGGCAGCAGACCAGACACUCACAUGGCAUCUCACAACAACAGUGCUCUGAGGACUGCAGUGCUAAAAAAGGGACAUUUAACAGGGUUCGCCUUAAACCUCAGAUACUUCACUGCUGCCGUUUUGGUUUCUGUGCUCAGUCUUGCACUUUGCAGGAGAGAGAUGUCAAUAACCCCUGCAGGGGAGAUACUCCACUACUGAUUUCAAAGCAGCCUGGCCUCCCUUUUCCAGGGCAAGAUGGACACAGCCCCUUCACCCAGACACUAGUGCCUUGCUUCUCUGCUAGGCCACGCUCAUGCCAACGGCCUGGGGUGCUGCCUGACCAGGGACUGGGAACAAUGCAUCAUCCCUCCUGCACUGACUCAGCUGCACCAGGCAGGCAAGCAAAGGCUCAGGGCCCCACAGGGCUCCUGGUGAUUCACCCCUUUGAAUCAAGUAGGUUUGUUGGCCUGUCAUCCUCCACGGAGCUCAGCAGGUUUGUAGGGUGGGAAAUGGGCUGUCUAGAGCCCCUAGGCAAAGUGCAGGCACUCCUUACUCCCCUCUGCCUGGCAGCCAGGGCUCAGGGGGGGCUUGGUUUGCACUAGACAGUAUCAGGGCUGCACCCUGGCAAGUUCCAGUAGUACCCACACAAUCCUCUGCUCCCCACUGGCACCCCUGGAGGUGGGAAACAGCCCCAGAGCUGUGUGCUGCUCACAGUGCAGUCAGGUAUUGAGACAGACUGCAAAUGAACCCAGCUAUUUACUAGUGUGCAUGAGGGCUUGUGCUCCUCCUGGGAGGAGCAGUGGGAUGUAUUUACUUCCUCCAUUUGUUAAUACUGUACAGCUCAAAUGUGUAUAAACUCCUCACACAGACACAGAACUCAGCAUGGCGCCUGUUUGACACG